AUGGAUCCCGAAAAGUCGGCCGAGAAGCGUUCCGAGCACUCUCCUGAUAGCCACAUCGAUGAUAUAGACUAUCACCAGUCCCAAACCCUACCCCAACGUUUCAUCGAGCAACAAGAAGCAUCGAAGAAGCCAGACUCAGCUUCAGGUUUGUUCUCCAAACUCGGUAACUUACCAGAAUGGAAUGUCCCUGGACACGGCCGCCUUCAAGGCAAGGCACUCAACAACGCUAUCGCUUGGUGCUCGUGUCUCGCCUUCCUCAUGUUCGGAUAUGACCAAGGUUUUUUAUCUGGUGUCUUAACUCUCGAUGACUUCCAACGCCACUUCCCUCUCAUGACAUCUCGUGAGCGCCAGAACAACUUGUGCUGGCUUGAUGCACCAACCAACACCAUACCCAACCCGGAUAUGUGUACGGGAAGCCCGAGCAUCCUGUCAGCCGCCGUCGCUGUGUACCAAAUUGGGUGCUUUCUAGGCGCAGUUCUCAUCCUGUUUUACGGCGAGGUCUGGGGCAGGAAGAGUAGUAGCUUUUGGGGAAGUCUUAUCAUGAUCAUCGGAACUAUACUCCAAGUUGCGCCUGGAGGAGCCAAAGGUGGAAAUUCUGGAGCAUAUGCUUUACUAUGCAUUGGACGUGUUGUAGGAGGGAUUGGAAAUGGCAUGGUCACGGCGACAAUACCCACCUGGCAAUCCGAGUGCGCGAAACCCGAAAAACGAGGACGCUUGAUUAUCACAUCUGGGGCGGUCAUUGUAGCUGGUGUCAUGAUCUCAUACUGGGUCACCUAUGGAUUCUACUUUGUUCCAUCAGGUGAGAGCUACAGCUCUGUCCGCUGGAGAUUUCCAAUCAUGUUCCAAUCGUUCUUCACCAUUCUUGUCAUGAUCGCUCUUCUCUACUUGCCGGAUUCACCACGUUGGCUCGUCAUGCGCGGCCGCUACACUGAAGCUCGCGAACUUCUUGCUCGACUUGCUGGUUCAACUGUCGAUUCUGAAGAAGUAGAAACGGAGCUUACUAACAUCAUCGAUGCACUUGAAGCACAAAGCAAGGGUGGCCCGUUCAAGAUGAGGGAACUUUUACAUAAUGGUCCGAGUCAGAACCUGAGACGCACUACACUCGGUGUCGUGUCGCAAUUCUUUCAACAAAUCAGUGGUGUCAACCUCAUUACAUACUAUGCCACCUACGUCUUCGAAAACUCCCUGGGUUUCGGCCCAGACAUGUCUCGCCUUCUCUCCGCCUGUAACGGGACCGAAUACUUUCUCGCUGGUCUCAUCACCAUCCCCCUAAUUGAACGCGUAGGCCGGCGCAAACUCAUGCUCUUCGGUGCCCUCGGUCAAAUGGCCAGCAUGGCCAUCAUGAGCGGCAUGACCUCGACCGCCACACCCGACGAAUUUGGCGCCCCGAUUUUGGAGCCGCGAUACGGCAUUACAGCCGUCAUCUUCAUGUUUGGCUUCAACACCUUCUUCGCCAUCGGCUGGCUCGGCAUGUCGUGGUUGUACCCAGCCGAAAUCACCAAUCUGCGCAUUCGCAUUCAAGCCAAUGCGCUAUCCACUUGCUCGAACUGGCUCUCUAACUUUCUCAUUGUCAUGAUCACGCCCCCAGCUUUUGCUAACUUGUCAUACAAUACGUAUACGAUGUUUGCUGUAUUCAAUGCGGCGAUCGUGCCGAGCGUUUACUUCUUUUUUCCUGAGCCAAAGGGACGCAGUUUGGAGGAGCUGGAUGUCAUUUUUGCGAGUGCGAAUCAGAUGGGGGCACGCGUGCAGGUUGAUUGUCGUGAUUUUGACGUGGCCUUGGGCGGUACUUUUUUUCAUGCACUCUGCCGGUGUAGGUGGUGCCCGGCCAUCUUGACACGAGUUUCCGGUCAACAGCAAGGUUGUACCGAGACGGCUUAA